CUCGCGCCUCCUCCCUCCCCGCACCACCGCUCCCGCCCGUCUCACCGGCGACGCAGCCGCAGCCGCCGCCGCCGCGCCACUUCGCCGGUGCCAUCGCGCGGUGGUUCGCCGCCGUGCUCAACGCGCGCGACGACGAUGACGAGGGUGGCAGUGGUGGGCGCCGGGGUGAGCGGGCUGGCUGCCGCGCACGAGGCGGCGAGGGGCGGCGGCGGCGUGCGCGUGACGCUGUACGAGAGGGAGGACAGCCUCGGCGGGCACGCCAGGACGGUGGCCGUCGACGGCGACGCCGGCCCCGUCGACCUCGACCUCGGAUUCAUGGUCUUCAACAGGGUGACGUACCCGAACAUGAUGGAGUGGUUCGAGGAGCUGGGCGUGGAGAUGGAGCUUUCGGACAUGUCCUUCUCGGUGAGCGCCCAGCUGCAGGAUGGCGACGAGCAGACGAUGGAGUGGGGCAGCCGCAACGGCCUCGCGGGCCUCCUCGCCCAGAAGACCAACGCCGUGAGCCCCGCGUUCUGGCGCAUGAUCCGCGAGAUCCUCAAGUUCAAGGACGACGUCCUCACGUACCUGGAGGAGCACGACAAGAACCCUGAUCUGGACAGGAACGAGACGCUGGGGCACUUCGUCCAGUCGCACGGUUACUCUCGCCUCUUCCAGCAGGCCUACCUUGUCCCGAUCUGUGCGUGCAUAUGGUCGUGCCCAUCACAGGGGGUUCUAGGCUUCUCUGCUUUCUUCGUCCUCUCCUUCUGCCGCAAUCACCAUCUCUUGCAGCUGUUCGGUCGUCCACAGUGGCUCACGGUGAAGGGCCGCUCCCAUACCUACGUAAACAGGGUAAGGGAGGAGCUUGAGAGCCUGGGCUGUCAGAUUAAGACCGGCUGUGAAGUCCAGUCUGUUUCAGCUCUUGAGGGAGGAGGGUAUAGGGUCGUUGAGGCAGGGGGUACAGAGGAGGCGUAUGACAGCAUCAUAUUCGCCGUGCACGCGCCUGACGCUCUCAACAUCCUGGGAGACGAGGCCACCCACGACGAGCGCAGAAUCCUCGGCGCCUUUCAGUACGUCUACAGUGACAUCUACCUCCACUGCGACAAGAGCUUGAUGCCACGGAAUCCGUCGGCGUGGAGCUCCUGGAACUUCCUGGGGACCACCACCACCGGCGUCUGCGUCACCUACUGGCUCAACCUUCUCCAGAACAUCGAGCAGUCGGCGGGGAGAGGGAGGCGUCCGUUCCUGGUGACGCUGAACCCACCCCGCGUCCCGGACCACGUCCUGCUCGCCUGGAAAACCAGCCACCCGGUGCCGUCGGUGGCGGCGGCGGCGGCGGCGGGGGAGCUCCGCCGCGUCCAGGGAUGCCGGGGCCUCUGGUUCUGCGGCGCCUACCAGGGCUACGGCUUCCACGAGGACGGCCUCAAGGCCGGCAUGGCCGCCGCGAGGGGGUUACUGCUCGCGGCGAACGGCGGCGCCGGCGAGCGGCGGCUGCUGGCGAAUCCGAGGCAGAUGGUGCCGUCGUGGACAGAGGCCGGGGCGCGGCUCCUAGUCACCAGGUUCCUCGCCGGCUACGUCUCCGUCGGUAACCUGACAUUGCUGGAGGAAGGAGGCACCAUGUUCAGUUUUGGUGAGGCAGGGAAGAAAUGUCAGGCCAAAUGUGUCAUGCGAGUCCAUGACCCCCUCUUCUACUGGAAGGUGGCGACGGAAGCAGACCUUGGUCUGGCAGAUGCCUACAUCAACGGCUACUGCUCUUUCGUCGACAAGAAACAGGGCCUUCUCAACCUUCUAUUGAUUCUGAUUGCUAACAGAGACGCCAACAAGCAGAGCAGCACCAGCACCAGCAGAAUAAGAGGCUGGUGGACACCGAUGCUUCUGACGGCCGGGGUCGCGUCUGCCAAAUACUUCCUGCGCCACGUGUCCAGGAAGAACACUGUCACACAGACUCGCCAGAACAUCUCCCAGCACUACGACCUGAGCAACGAUUUCUUCUCCCUUUUCCUGGAUCCAUCGAUGACAUACUCUUGUGCCGUCUUCAAGGACGAGGACGAGAGUUUAGAAGCAGCCCAGCAGCGCAAAGUUAGCCUGCUAAUCCACAAGGCUAGGGUGGAGCGAGAUCACCAUGUUCUCGAGAUUGGUAGUGGCUGGGGCAGCCUAGCGAUACAGGUGGUCAAGCAGACUGGUUGCAAAUACACUGGGGUCACACUGUCUGAGGAGCAGCUUAAAUAUUGCCAGAGAAAAGUGAAGGAAGCUGGUCUAGAGGACCACAUGACUUUCCUGCUGUGCGACUACCGUCAAAUACCAACAGUUCGAAAAUAUGACAGGAUCAUAUCUUGUGAAAUGAUCGAAGGGGUAGGCCAUGAAUACAUGGACGAUUUCUUCGGCUGCUGCGAGUCUCUCCUGGCACAGGAUGGCCUGUUCGUCCUCCAGUUCAUCUCCAUCCCUGAAGAACGGUACGAAGAAUACAGGAGGAGUUCAGACUUCAUCAAGGAAUACAUAUUUCCUGGGGGUUGCCUUCCAUCCUUGUCUCGGAUAACAUCCGCCAUGUCCACCUCGUCGAGGCUAUGCAUCGAGCACUUGGAGAAUAUUGGGUACCACUACUACCCCACGCUGAUACGCUGGCGGGACAACUUCAUGGCUAACAGAGAAGAGAUAAAGUCCCUGGGAUUCGAUGACAAGUUCAUCCGCAUAUGGGAGUACUAUUUCAUAUACUGCGCAGCUGGGUUCAAGUCACGUACACUUGGAAACUACCAGAUUGUGUUGUCUCGGCCUGGCAACGACAAGCUGCUGCCCUUUGCCGACAACCCUUACGCCACCUUCCCGGCAGCCUAGCCAUGAAACCGGCCAACUUGAAAAUAUAUAUGUUUUGUCUAGCUAAAGCUUCCAUUGAUUGUGUGCGAAUGUGCAAACAGCAUGAAACGAUUCAUUUGAUUGAUAUAUGCAUUUGAAUAACACUCCAUUUGAUUGAUAUAUAUAUUUGUAUAAUAUUCCAUUUUCAAUA